AUGAUCUGGAAUCUUUAAAUCACCGAUCCCAAUAUCAAAUAUCUCUUACAAAAAGAAAGUGAUUCCUUAUUGAAACACAAACAAUAAACUCAACUAUUCUAAUAAUCAAUCAAUAAUAUUAAAGAUUAAUAAACAAAAGAACUUAUUCUUUAAAAUUUACAGCUUAUUCAAGAUUCUAAUUAAUUUGUCACUUUCCGUUAACAAAUUCAAGUAUCUGUUGCCUUAUAAUAAUAAUUCAAAUAAACUUAAUAAAUUCUGGAAUAAUCAGAUAUUCAUUAAAUUAUUCACUUUAUUGAUUAAAUCUAAAAUUUGAUUGCCAAUAAUAUUGAAAUCAUAAAUAAAGAUUAAAAUAUUGUAUAAUAUAUUGCUGAAAAUAAAAAAUAAAUUAUCUAAAUGAUUACAAUGAAAUAUGAACAAACAAUUAUUAAUACUUUAAAUUCCUUAGGAUUUCCUAAUCUAAAUAAUGAAUAAGAACCUUUAUAAUUUAACUAAAUUCAUUUAUUGACAAUUUAUUCAAAAUUAAUCAAACACAUAUCAUAAAUUGAACCAUCAUUUUUGUCUUCUAUUUUCAUUAGACUUAAUUAAAAUUUUGAUUAUCAUUUUAUUGAUUCAAUUUAAGCUACCUCAAAUAUUAAUAAUAGUUCAUGGUUUUUUAAUUAUUUAUAUGAAAAUUUUGAUAAAUCAAUCAAAUAACUUUUUAAACUUGAUAGUAAUUAUGAAUAAUAAACAUUAAAUUACUAAAAUUUUGAAUUAGAAGAAAUAAUCCAGACAUUUGCUUAACUAAUGAUUAAACAUUAUAUAAUUAACAAUAUUAUAAAGGUAUUUAUUAACAAUAAUUAGAGAAUAAAAAGAGACAAAGAUGAGUUUAUAAAUUAGCCUAAUUUAGCUUUGUUAUUUUUAGAAGAACUUGAUAAUUUUUGUUAAUCUAUUGAACAAUUUUGGUAUAUUUGUUUUGAACAGAAAUGUAAUCAAAUAUUUGAAGUAAUACUACUUGUACUUGAUGAAAAUAACAUCUUUGGCAAAAUACUAGAAUGGGAAAUUAAUCUAUUUAAUCAAAGUAUUUUUAAUGAAUAUGAAAAUAAAAUUCAAUAAAAUAAUAUACAUCUUUUCCUUAAUCUAGUUGAAGAAUUUUAAAUUGUUUGGAAUAGUUAAAAUUCAAAAUAUAAUUUGAUAAUUAACAAUAAUCUGAUUGAUUAGAUUUCAAAGACUUAUACGUUAAUCUUUAAAUAAUUUUUGGAUUUAUGUGAACAAUAUUAUUUAAUUAUUAAAUAAAUAGACAGUAAAGAUUAUGUAUGUAAAUUAUGAUAAAUUAUAGGUCCAGUUUUUGUAGACUUAUUAUCUUGGAUUAAAAACAUUAAAACAGUAAUUCAAAAAAUACAAAAUAUAAAUAAAAUAACUCAAAUAAAAUACAUUAAUUAAAUUUUUAGAACCCUUAUCCAAUCAAUGUUCAGAAGAAAUAUUUUAAAAAUUAUUCAAGGAAUAUUUAUAUGAAGAUAAAUAGACAGUUGAAUUUUUCAAAUCUAUAACAAAAGUCAAUUUCUAUUAAAAUCAUUAGAUUAUAUUUCUCUAAACUCAACAUGAGUUUGGCAAAAAACUUAAUAACUUUUAUUAUAAAGCCAAUUCUACUAUUAAUUAAAUUAUAAAUUCAAAUCUGAUAGAAAGAUAGUAUGUAUCAAAUUUAGCAUAAAAAGUAAUUUCUUUAAUAAUUUAAUAACUUUACAAUAAAAUAUAUAAAAAUAUAAUAAAAUAAGAGUACUCUAAAGAUGGAAUUCUUAUCAUGUAUCUAGUCAUUAUAAGAACUACAUUUAUGGUACUAUAUUCAUCUAUUAAUCUAGAAAAUACAAAUUCAUUUAAAAAAAUUAUUGAAAAGUAUAUUAAUUUUUUUUAAUUUUAGGUUUGAUCAAAUUUAAACAAUUAUAAACAAUAGAUAUGUAUUGA